UUGGCAACACCGUUCGUUCCUUGCGGCCACUCAACCUCAAAAUUGUGGAGUCAAGUUCAAUCCCCGAAAUUUGUGUUGUGUGCUCGUAAUUCCGGCAUCGAAUGACCGAAUGAACUUCAGCUUUAAAUUCGACUCUGUACGAGCUUCUUCACAGCGGAAAGCUAUUGAUUUAUCUCUUUCAAGAUACUUGCUUAACCUUUACUCUUACUUACUGAGCUGGUUGAAUAGUAACCUAACCUUGCGGGUUGUUGUUUUAUGUUUGCAUGGCUAAUUCAAACAAGACAAAAAAACAGUCACUGAAGCUCAAAACUUGUAGAAAGGAUCAUGGCUUAGCAACAGAUUCCAACACUGAUAGCCGUUUUCUUACAUACUGUGCAAGUGCUUCUUCAUUCCCACCACUUCCUCCAGUGUCGAACCUCACCGCUUUUCAACGGCUACAAAGAUUCAAAGCUAUUUGUAAGAAACAACAGUUUGCUGCUUCCAACUACCGGAAGAACAAUUGUGGAGCAUCAGGGAAGAAAAGCCUCGGUGUCACUCUUAUCGUGAGGAAGAAAGGUGUUCGAAAAUCAGUAGCUAACACUCCAGGCAAAUCUCCUUUUGUAAGGUCUGCCCGAAGAAAAUCCCUGAAGCGAAAGUCUGUUUUAUAUCAGAAGAACUCUCGAGUUUUAGACCUUGAAAAAAUGACGGAAGUAGGUGGAUCGGUAAAUGAGAUGUAUACGAAUGGAAACACGGGGUUCGAAGCUGCUUUAUCUCCCGAAAAUAUUCGCGAAUUGAAAAAAGAAGCCGCCAACAUUGUUUUCUUGAAUGAUAGAAAUGGGGAGCAAAGCACAGAACCUUGCCGACCGAGGCCAUCGAUGGAAUCCUUUGUAGAAUAUCCUGAUGAAAAUGGCAGCAAUGCUUCCGAGGAGAUUGAUGUUGUGAACGGUAAGCAUGAAGUACCAGUAGGUCAAUUUCCCACCAACGGACAUGCCAACGGAGAAAGCAAUGGUUAUGGAGCCUAUCACUCCAGUAAUGGAUUUGACAAUUAUGAGAAUGGAAGUUCUGAUGAUGAUGAUAGGAAGACUGAAAUCCUGGGCGAUGAUAGAAAUAGCUGUGAGAUGACAGAAGAUGUCGCUAGUAAUGAAGUUGUGGAGACGUCAACAGUUGAUUCUGUUGAGGACAGCUUGCCAAAAAGCAGCCCCUCCUCAGUGGAAAGCACUGAUGAUAAAAACGAAGAAAAAAUUGGUGAGAGUCUAGAAAGAUCCUCCAGAGAUGAUUUGCAAGAGGACAGCACUGAGUUUCAAGAGGAUGCAAGUUUUGACGCGGUCCUGCAAGUUGCUAUUGAAGAUGGCUCCUCAAACGCAACCAUAAUUGAAAACGUUGAAGAAGAAAUCGUUUUAGAGGUAAAGAAGACCCCAGCCUCAAAGAAAGAAGCCUCCAAACCAUUUACUGAGCAGGCAGAAGAAGACUCUCGAGAGAUGCCUGUUUUGGCAAAUGAACAUGCUCUCUCUGAACAACGAAUGAAUGAAAGCAUGGAAGAAAGUGAUUCAGAUUCACCUAAUCUCCACGAAUCCUUUGUUAAAUCAAGCCCUGAGAAGUCGACCUCCAAAACUGUGAAGGAAAAAGGCAGAAAGAAAAAAUCCCCAAAACCCAGCCCUAAAAAGCAACGGUUAUCGAAGACUCCACCUUCACCGAAGAAAACACCUCAGAAAAGAAAAGCAUCUCCCAGUCGUACAGUUAAGAGCAAAUCUAAGAGCAAGAAAGAAGUUCAACUUUUCACCAGCUCUGACAGUCCCUCCCAAAUUUUAACGGAAACACAAAUCCCUGCGGAGUCCAAAUCAAAGACGCCUAGCAAUGAUGAAUCAGAAUUGAGGCAGAGCAUAAGUAUGGACAUCACCCAGGAUGAACCGGCACCUUCUCGGCGAUCAAGCAGAGCCAGUCGAUCUCGAAAGGACCCUGCCGUGGAAGCAGUCAUGUCGGUGGAUGAGGCAAUUACAAAAACUCGCACCAGCAGUGCAGCAGCUGUAGACUCAGAAGAACCCUCCACCUCCCAAUCACCGAGGUUGAGACGCUCACAAAGGUCCUUCUCCCCGUCCAGGAGAAUGCCACUCAGAUCAACGCGACGAAGCGGAGCCAGUCAGCGCAGCGCAAGCCAGAUUGUGAACCCUACGCCUGUAUCGAAAAGGAAAGCUGAACCGGAAGAAGACGACAAAGGAGAUGACAGCACCAAGCGCCCUAAGACGGAAGUGUUUGAAACCCCUCGCUGGAAAUUCCUCUCAUCACCGUUCAAGAGUUACUGGUCGCCCCAGCUGACAAACAAAAUCCACUACAAGCAACCAGAAACUCCAACAGAACAGCCAGAACAACCUACGAAUUCCAAGAAUGAAGAGACACCAAAAAGUCCCUCCAACAGCGAAAGUCCCAAUACAGCCAGCAGCAAAAGUUGGUGCACUAUCGCCUAAAUGGUGCAGCAAGUUGGUAUGAUAUCUCUCUUCGGGCAUACAAUUUGACGUAUGUGUAAUCUACUUUCUAAGCUUUUAAAAAAAAUGACAAGUUGGUCAAAUAACCGAUGAUAGUAGGGCAUUGUAUGAUAUUAGUAUUCUGUGUCCUUUGGCAAGUCCUGCAAGAUUUCUUAUCCUUCUUUCGAGUCCUAUCAAUAGUUGAAGAAAACUGAAUUUGUUUGUGCAUCUAUGAUAUUGAUACUCAACAUGAUCAAAUCGUUGCUCCUCCGACAGUAAGAUGCAUCUCAAUUUCUAUGUUAGCCCCGUUCACCAUAUAACUUCAUGCUUUCUGGGGCUCAUGUAGAAAUGGAAGUACGCCGUUAAGUCAGAGGAAUGACAAAAUAGGAAGUUUCUUCAGUUCUAUUAUAGUUGCUAAUGGGUUUAAAAAAUGUUCUUUUGUUAAAGAAGUUGAAAAAUUCUCAUGAUUUUCAAUUGAAGAGUCUAGUUCUACAUUCUCAUUCAGUUUUCUUCUACCAUUCAUAGAGCCUCAAAUGGAAAAAGGGAAAUGUUUUUUUUUAAGUUUCUCUUAAGACUGCAAAUUGACUCAGGAGCAAGAUCCUUUGCAACUGUUUUAAUAUUUAACUAAUCCCGUGAGCAAAACUGAAGAUUUGUUUACUUUAUCAAUAUUUUCGUCAGUACCUCGAUGUCUUGCAGUCAAUAUUAAGCGGAAUGAUGCCACAACCAGUCUGUUUUCCUCAGUAUGUUGUUGCCUACUAAAUGUUCAUUAUCUGGUCGUUACAUAGUCACUGAUUGCGUAACCUUGAGAUUUGACGAAUAUAUUGAUAGACAGACAAUGGCUCAAUACCAGCCACUUUUUUGCCAAGAUUUAUAAAAUUUAGGUCAGCUCAUUUGCUGGAUAUUCUAAGUGCACAAAAUUAGAGUAUCCUCAAUUUGAUCGUUCAGUCUCAAUCGUCUCUCUAAUUUGAUCACUGCUCUUUCACAGAUGUUCUGAGAACCAAGCAAGGCAAUUGAGGAAUUUUCCACUAGUUUGUGAGACUUGGAAGAUAACCCGUUCAAUUCAUAGAAUAAGCAGACUUGACUCUAUUGGCCUUGUCUUGGUUGAAGCCGUGCCAAUUGCAAUUAUUAUUGAGACUAAAACUGAUGUGUCUUUCUGUAUUGUUGGAAAGCUAUUUCUUGCAUCGUCUGUUGCAAUUGCUUCAAAUCACCAAGCUCAAGGAGAAGUGAUUUUUGGCAGUAAUAUCGGCCGUCUAGCAAACCUCUCUCUUGUCUUGCUUGAUAAGUAAGUUCUCAGAACCUAUGGGCAGUUAGUUUGUUAAAUAACUACGUAUUUCCCUGUUUUCAUUUUUUCAACCUAUUAAAGGUAAAGUGGGUAUCCCUCUCAUCAAUGAUGCUUAUUCAUCAAUUUAUUUCUCUAUUUUUUGUUUUAGCGUUUUGAUAAAUUUUAAGUUUAUUUUGUUUUAUUCUGUUUAUUUGACUGUUCUAAGGUUAAUCUUUUUAGGUUAUCUGUGUUAUAUUCCCAAGUUUAAAAAUUCUGUGAUGCUUAAUAUUUGAUUUUCUAACAUUUCUCUCACUUCGCAAUUAUCUUCUCCCCUGCAUGCCAUAAAUAAUACCGAACACUCGAAUAUACCCCCUUCUUCCCCUUUCCCCCUCCCCAAAAUUUGAAGAGAGAAAUUGAACAAAGUAAAAUAUGUCAGUAAUAAAAUUGUUUGACGUGUACGGUACUCUUCAAGGGUCUGAUGCACUAAUAUAGAGUCAAUUAAAUAGGCAACAAUUGAACGGCAGUUAUUGAAUUAAAAGCGAUGUAAGUAAUAUCACAUAAUUUUUAUCCUCCACAAAUAAAAGAGAAAACAUUUUAUCGAAUAUUGAUUUCUAUAGAAUGUGUAGGCGGAUUAUACGAACAGAAAGGUUUUAAGGCACUCAACUAAAAUUUAAUUCAUUUUGGGAGACUGACUAAUAUUUCUUCUUUUUUGUAAGAUUAUUUGUAGUGAAUAAAAUAUUUUUCUCAUUUUUAAAGUUGCUGUAACUGUGUCGAUACCAGAAUGGGAGAGGCAUCAGCAUCUUAUUUAAAGUCAUAAAUAGAUUUUUAGAACUUGAAAAAAUCGGAAAAUAAGUUGCGCGAAUUUUGAUAUAAGAAGAUUAUAAUGGCAUUUUAUGGAACGAACUAUAUUACCAUCCCGGAGAAACUUCUUUACCAUGUUAUCAAAGCAGAUGGUAGUGCAUGCUUUUACUUCUCUCAUUUUUCAAUUUUGACCAAGUUUUAGUCUGUAUUUUUGUAAUAUCUCCGACUGUUCUGCAACUUGCUUUUUGAAAAUGAGAAUCGUAGAUUUAUCAUAAGUAAAAAUCGGAAGUUUAGUCUCUUUCUCUCAUCCCUCCCAACACUCUAUAGUGUCUUAUUAGUUCUGCAGUGUUGCCUCUUUUUCGUGUAUAGCCAUGGACUGUGUCACUUGUAAUUUUUUAGGUGUGCACUUAACUAUUUUAAUUUUCUCUAUGUUUUUCUUAGAGUUAUGUUUCAAAUCAGUUAUUAUUGCUAAGGUUUCCGUUUCAAGGAUGGAGAAAUUAUGUUGAAAUAUUUCGUUCAAAAUUGAUAGUAUGAUUGUUUUUUUCUUUCUUUUAUUUUCAUAAGUUUCCUCUAUAACAAGUAUUUUUGAACUCAUUCACCACUAUAGGAGUCAUGAAUGGUCCUCAAUGUGAUGUCCAAUCAGAGAAGGGAUUUUAAACUUUUGGGGGCUCAGCGGGCUGUUGAUAGGCAGUGUGAUAUACAAAGAAAGAAAUAGAGCAAUCCUAUCGGUAGAAGCGGGUGGUUGCAAUGGACAAAGGAAGUAAGUCAUAGAUUAAUUAAUGGCAACCCAUCAGAGACUCUGUAGCUAGUCCAUUAUUUUCCACCAGCCUAUAAGAACUACCUAUCUAACUAUAGGAUCACUCCAUUUUCUCUUUGUCUAUCGAUCUCAAUAAUUAGCCUGCCGGAAGAUUUGUCCUCAUCUCAGCCAAUUGCUUGUGGUGCUAGUGUUAUGUGUAGGUCACCUCUAUUACCAUUCAUAAAAGAGUGCAGUGCGAUGUUGCCACGUUUCCUGUGAUAAUUCAAGAGACAUAUUUUGAGGCUAAAGCUGCGUACUUUGAUGAUUCCAACCAAUUAAAAUGAAGGGUUCAGUUAAUGUCAUUUCGCUGUGCUUUUGUAGAGCUUUGAAUUAAUGGAAUUGAUAACUGACUUGACCUCGGUGGUGAAUGUGUUUAAGUAAAUUCGUCAUGUAAUGGAAAGAAGAUAAAUCAAUUGUCGUUUAGUAUUCGAUUCUUUAAAUAGUUAAAUACACUUUUAGUCACUAUGUAAUGCGCAAAUACUCUGUUAGUUUUGUUUUAUUGUCUCGAAGAUUUUAAUAAAAUCGCUGUAAGUCCUCUCAGCUUCUCAAAACACUCAUCUGACAGGAGAACAUAUAGAUGUAGACAAAAUUUUCAAAAGUUUGGAAUUUCCUGGAAAUGAAGAAUCACCGAUACUUCUGAAGAGCUAUUUUUCAAAUAGGACAUUUUCAAAAGAUGGAUAAGUUCUCACUUUUAAUUUGAGAUUUAUUGCUCAGAAAUUCUUCAUAUCUUUGUCUUUGUGAUUUUGAGAAAUGAUUGUUUUUGUAAAGCGUGUUUAGCAAAAAAUUCAAGUUUCAUUCAGAAGAUAUAAUUGAAAUAUUUCUCGCUUUUAAUGCUAAUUCAGCCUUUUUUGCAAAAUUAUUGUUAGUUUUUUUUUUUUUUUUUCGUUAUCUAAAUCUAUUGUGAAAACAAUUAGUUUAUCUCCUAAUAUCAGCAUCUAAUGAAUAUGCAAAUCUAAAAUUUCAAAGGCCCAUUCUUGGUUCAUUUUUGAACUUGGUGCCUCUAAAUGCCCAAUUGGUGCCCAAAGCAACCAUCAAGUUUUUGUUCUAUGGGCCGAUCCCAUCUUGUUUAAUUGUUUAGUUAUUCAUUUUGUAAUUUUUCUUUUGUCAAAAGUUAAUCAAUUGAGGAAAGGAGUUUAAAUAUUUGGAAAAAAGAAAACCGUGCAAAAACUUAGUCUUCCCUUAGUUGGCAAGGCUCAAUUUUGUUUUGUUUGGGAGCUUUUGUUCUUCUUGUUGAAAGUUCGACUUUACAUUGUAGCAAAUUUCUAGAAAUUUGCAUCUUUUCCUAGUGGAUUAAUUUGUUCGGUAGCAAAGUUAUAUUGAAGGUUCCAGCUUUGAAUCUCACUCUUGAUACAUAUCGAUUGAUUAUGAACUACGAGAAAGUGAAGAUCAUUCGGUCUUGUCAGAAAAAAAAUGAUGGCACUGAAAUUGAAGAAUCUUCUGACGUCAAUAAGAAAUGACUCUAUUUGUGUACAUUCUCUUCAAUAUUUUUUUCUGCUGAAAGGAAAAAAUUGAUAGUAUUAUUUAAAGAUUUGAACUUAGGAUUAUGUGGUAAAAUAAAAUUAUAGUACCAUUUUAUAUUUAUAAUUUACUGUAAUUGUCCAUCACAAAUUUUUGUAUUUUAGUUUCACGCAGUAUCAUGAAACUUCUUAUAGUUUCUAAUAUUUCGAAAUUUUCUUUUGAUGUACUGAUAGGUAAGACUUAUCCUCUUCAAUAUCUUUUUUCUCUUUUUCUGGGCAAGCCGUUAUUCUUUUGUGUAUUGUUGUAGGCAUAAAAGCCACGUUUAUAAUAAACCACUUUUUAUAAUA